GUACGGAUCUCUAUUACUCUACUCUAGCAGCACCUAAGCCACUGCGCGGUAAGGUCCCUCUAGUGCAGCCUGUGGUUCGUCUUGGCGAGCCCUCAGCCCCCCAAAAUCUGAGCCCUCCGCCUUGAACUCUUCACGUCUGUGAAUCCUUCGAUCUUUCUCAUUCUUCUACUUUAAUUAAGCUGGUACCCUCAGCUUCUACUCAACCUUUUCAUGCAGUAUCAAGUCAAUGCUACCAUGCCAGUGAUUAAGCAAUAGCAAAUAUGGACAACCUUCCUCUAGUGGAAGUCAUUGCGGGCUGUCACAUAUGCCAUAAUAUUGGCGCAUACGCAUUUGUUCGAGUCUCAUUCCACGAAAUCCACGCAUCUAGUGCCAGUGGAAACGGCUGCAUCAAGUGUUCUGUGUUGUGGAAAGUCGCUUUAGUGUUUAUUCCUGAUCGACUGCGACAAUCAAACACUUUAAUUUCGUUCAGAAUCACUCAGCUCGGGAACCCUAAAUCCAUCUUCAACCUGGAAGUUUUUGGCGCCACUGGAGAAUCUCUGAGCCGCCACAUCGUCUUCUUCACCACCUCUGAACGACCAUACGUUUUUGGCCAGAAGGUGAUUGACAAUGGGCAUCUUCUUGAGGGCAAGACAUCUUCCCGGGAUGUCUGGCGUACAGUUCGUUACUGGUUGGCUGAUUGCGUUAAUCAACAUAGAACGCCAGCCUGUUAUCGUGAUUCAGUUUCAGCUUCAAACACUCUCCCUACUCGAGUCCUAGAUCUUGGCCGCCUUACAAAUGCGCAAGCUGACAUAAUGCUUCAUGAAACGCAAAACGGAGAAGCGGGGGUGUACAUGUGCCUCAGCCACUGCUGGGGACCGCAAGGAUGUGCACUGAAGACGACGUCCCAGAAUCUCGGUGCCCAUAAGAACUGUAUUUCUUUUGAAUUUCUCCCGCAGACCUUCAAAGAUGCAGUUAUUUUCACGCGAUGGCUAGGAAUCAGAUAUCUUUGGAUUGAUUCCCUAUGCAUUAUACAGGAUAGCGACGAAGACUGGGAGCUGGAAUCUGGCGCAAUGGCCCAAGUGUAUGAGAACUCGUAUUUAACAUUGUCCGCAGCAAAAGCAUCAUGCGAUUCGGAAGGAAUGUUCAUGGAUGAGGAGCGCAGCACGACUCAAUACUACUUCACCAAUGGCAAUGAUUCCGCUGAUCAUUUGCCGCUUCAAAACUGCGAUGCAAGUUCACACCAGUCUUUCCAAAAGACGCGUUCACGUAGGCCAAUUCAGUUCUACAUGCGCGAAAGCAUAUUCCACUCACCAAUCGACGGGGAAUUCUACGAACGCGAAUCACAUCCCAGUUUCCCCCUAUUAUCACGAGCAUGGGCAUUUCAAGAGCGCAUAUUAUCGCCGCGAGUUCUACAUUUCGGCGGCCAAGAACUUUACUGGGAAUGCCGGCAAGAAACUUACUGCGAGUGCGGACACAAGGGAAUUGCAAAAAGUUGGGCGAAGCGAGAGUAUGGUGAUUUAUUAUCUGAGAUUUCUGAAAGGGUAUUGAAAUCUAAGAUUACAUCGCCAUCUUCUUUGUUAAAUCAUUUCACCAGGUGGAAGAGAUUAGUGGAAAAGUAUUCCCAGAAACACCUUAGCUUUCCAAUAGACCGAUUGCCUGCUUUGUCCGGGCUUGCAAGCAGGAUGCAGAACCGGUUUUCUGGGACAUAUUUAGCGGGUAUAUGGCAAAGCGAUACCGGCGCCCUCAUAUGGCACGUCAACGGAGACCCAGAGGCCAUCCUAUCGCAGUACAUCGCCCCGAGUUGGUCGUGGGCUAGUGUGAAUCGAGGAAUCACUUACAUCCGCAUCGGCCUCCGAGAUGAAAUCUUCUACUCUAUCGUCGAAGCUAUGUGUGUUCCCCUUGGACUCAACCCCGCCGGCCAAGUUUCUUCAGGUUACCUCAUAGUGAAGGGUCAAUACGAAACUGUCAAGUACAACCCAGUCACCGAAGAAUGGUACAUCGGCCGCCAGCCAGACCACUUGCUUUACUGGGAUAGCUCGCACGUGAAGCCGUUCUGGGAUUCACGGUGGGAAGACCCACUGGAGAAGCCACUGAGAGACCUUAUCCUUUUGCGCCUCGUGAGGCUAGUUGACUGGAUUGUGUUUCUCAUCCUCCAAAAGAUGGAUGCUAAAGAGGAGACCGUACAACGAGUCGGGCUCUUGAAAGUGGAUAAGUUCGCUGCCGGAGAAGAACAUCUCAAUGAAGCCAACUGUUUUUGUGGAACAACAACUGCCAAGAUGAUUUAACUGAGCACUCAAGCAUUUGGCCACUUUGGCUCCUCUCCACACCCAGCUAGGUAAACAGAACGGGUUACUGCAUCCCAGUCUUCGCCCCAACUUCGAUACCACCAUUCCUGCCAUCAAUACUCCCGAAAGUCGCACAACACGAGCCCCCC